AUGGAGGCGCCCGCGGGCGGCGAGGCCGGCGGCGACGGGCCCGGGGCGGGCGCCCACCCCGACGCGCGGGCCCCGGGCAGCGCGGCCGCGCGGGACUCGGAGCGGCAGCUGCGCCUCCGCCUGUGCGUCCUCAACGAGAUCCUGGGCACCGAGCGCGACUACGUGGGCACCUUGCGCUUCCUGCAGUCGGCCUUCCUGCACCGCAUCCGCCAGAACGGGGCCGACUCGGUGGAGAAGGGGCUCACAGAGGAGAAUGUCAAGACGCUGUUCUCGAACAUCGAAGACAUCCUGGAGGUGCACAAGAACUUCCUGGCCGCCCUGGAGCACUGUCUGCAGCCCGAGCCCCAGUCCCAGCACGAGCUGGGGAACGUCUUCCUGAAGUUUAAGGACAAGUUCUGCGUGUACGAGGAGUACUGCAGCAACCACGAGAAGGCGCUGCGGCUGCUGGUUGAGCUGAACAAGGUCCCCGCGGUGCGGGCCUUCCUCCUGAGCUGCAUGCUGCUGGGCGGCCGGAAGACCACGGACAUCCCGCUGGAGGGCUACCUGCUGUCCCCCAUCCAGAGGAUCUGCAAGUACCCGCUGCUCCUCAAGGAGCUGGCCAAGCGGACCCCGGGCAAGCACCCUGACCACCCCGCCGUCCAGAGCGCCCUGCAGGCCAUGAAGACCGUCUGCUCCAACAUCAACGAGACCAAGCGGCAGAUGGAGAAGCUGGAGGCGCUCGAGCAGCUGCAGUCCCACAUCGAGGGCUGGGAGGGCUCCAACCUCACGGACAUCUGCACCCAGCUGCUGCUUCAGGGAACGUUGCUGAAAAUCUCCGCAGGCAACAUCCAGGAGCGAGUCUUCUUCCUCUUCGACAGCCUCCUGGUCUACUGCAAGCGGAAAUCCAGGGUCACCGGGAGCAAGAAGCCCAGCAAGAGGACCAAGUCCAUCAACGGCUCCCUGUACGUGUUCAGGGGCCGCAUCAACACCGAGGUCAUGGAGGUGGAGAACGUGGAGGACGGGACAGCGGAUUACCACAGCAACGGCUACACGGUCACCAACGGCUGGAAGAUCCACAACACAGCCAAGAACAAGUGGGUCGUGUGCAUGGCCAGGACGGCCGAGGAGAAGCAGAAGUGGCUGGACGCGAUCAUCCGCGAGCGGGAGCAGCGCGAGAGCCUGAAGCUGGGCAUGGAGCGGGACGCCUACGUCAUGGUGGCCGAGAAGGGCGAGAAGCUCUACCACAUGAUGACGAGCAAGAAGGUGAACCUCAUCAGGGACCGGCGGCGGAAGCUGAGCACCGUGCCCCGCUGCUUCCUGGGCAACGAGUUUGUUUCCUGGCUCCUGGAGAUUGGAGAAAUCAGCAAGACGGAAGAAGGCGUCAACCUGGGCCAAGCUUUGCUGGAGAAUGGGAUUAUCCACCAUGUCUCCGACAAGCACCAGUUCAAGAACGAGCAGGUGAUGUACCGGUUCCGUUACGACGACGGCACCUACAAGGCCCGCAGUGAGCUGGAGGACAUCGUGUCCAAGGGCGUGAGACUCUACUGCCGCCUGCACAGUCUCUACACGCCCAUGAUCAAGGACCGUGACUAUCACCUGAAGACGUACAAGUCGGUGCUGCCCGGGAGCAAGCUGGUGGACUGGCUGCUGGCGCAGGGCGAUUGUCAGACGCGGGAGGAGGCGGUGGCGCUCGGCGUGGGCCUGUGCAACAAUGGCUUCAUGCACCACGUGCUGGAGAAGAGCGAGUUCAAGGACGAGUCCCAGUACUUCCGUUUCCAUGCCGACGAGGAGAUGGAGGGCACCGGCGGCAGGAACAAGCAGCUGCGCAGCGACUUCCGGCUGCUGGAGAACAUUCUGGCCAAGCGCCUGCUGAUCCCGCCCCAGGAGGAGGACUAUGGCUUCGAGAUCGAGGAGAAGAACAGGGCCGUGGUGGUGAAGUCGGUGCAGAGGGGCUCGCCGGCCGAGAUGGCCGGCCUGCAGGUGGGCCGCAGGAUCUGCUCCAUCAACGAGGACCUGGUGUCCACGCGGCCCUUCUCCGAGGUGGAGACCGUCCUCAACCAGGCCUUCUGCUCCCGCCGCCCGCUGCGCGUCCUGGUGGCCGCCAAGGCCAAGGAGGUCAUCAGGGUCCCGGACCGCCCCGACUCCCUGUGCUUCCAGAUCCGCGGCGCUGCGCCCCCGUACGUCUACGCCGUGGGCCGAGGCUCGGAGGCGGCGGCCGCGGGACUCUGUGCCGGCCAGUGCGUGCUGAAGGUCAGCGGCACCAGCGUGGCCGGCGGCAGUGCCUCCGAGGUGCUGGAGCACUUCCAGGCGUUCCGGAGCCGCCGGGAAGACGCCCUGGGUCUGUACCAGUGGGUCUACCACACCCACGAGGACAUGCAGGAGGCCCGGGCCAUCCACGAGGAGCCACAGGGCGAGGGGCCCCGGGAGGAGGACCCGCCCGACGCAGCCUCACCCCUGCUGUCGCUGGGCCCCCAGCUGAGCCUGCAGGAGGACGGCCCCACGGUCAGCCUGACGGUGGACAACGGGCCCCUGGAGCACGGUGUGGUGUAUGAGUACGUGAGCACAGCGGGCGUCAAGUGCCACGUGCUGGAGAAGGUCGUGGAGCCGCGCGGCUGCUUCAGCCUCACCGCCAAGGUGCUGGAGGCCUUUGCGGCCGAGGACAGCCUCUUCGUGCAGAACUGCGGGCGCCUCAUGGCCCUGAGCAACAGCCUGAGGACCAUGUCGCACUUCGAGUUCCGCAGCAUCUGCGACGCCAAGCUGGAGAGCCUGGGCCAGAGGAUCGCUCGCUACCAGGAGUUUGCAGCCGAGCUGAAGAGCCGAGUCAGCCCUCCCUUCAAGCAGGCCCCCCCGGAGCCCCACCCACUCUGCGGCCUGGACUUCUGCCCCACCAACUGCCACAUCAACCUCAUGGAAGUCUCCUACCCCAAGACCACCCCCUCGGUCGGCAGGUCCUUCAGCCUCCGCUUCGGACGCAAGCCCUCCCUCAUCGGCCUCGACCCAGAGCAAGGCCACCUGAACCCCAUGUCCUACACCCAGCACUGCAUCACCACCAUGGCCGCCCCUUCGUGGAGGUGCCCGGCUGCCGUGGAGGGGGACGUGCUGUGCCCGGGCUCCCCCGGGCCACGGGCGCGGGGUCUGCACUCGCUCCUCACGCAGGAGGACCGCGAGAUCCAGGACGCCUACCAGCAGCUCUUCGCCCGGCUGGACGUGGCCCUGAAGGAGAUGAAGCAGUACGUGAGCCAGAUCAACAGGCUGCUGUCCACCAUCACGGAGCCCACGUCAGCGGGGUCCUGCGACCCACCCUCGGUGGAGGAGGCCUCGUCCCCCCCACUGGCCGGCGAGGAGAGUGAGACGGACAGGAGCGAGCAGGGGGGCAGCAAGAAGGUGUGCUUCAAGGUGUCCGAGGAGGACCAGGAGGACUCGGGCCACGACACCAUGAGCUACCGCGACUCCUACAGCGAGUGCAACAGCAACCGGGACUCGGUGCUGUCCUACACCAGCGUGAGGAGCAACAGCUCGUACCUGGGCAGCGACGAGAUGGGCUCUGGGGACGAGCUGCCGUGCGACAUGCGGAUCCCAUCGGACAAGCAGGACAAGCUGCACGGCUGCCUGGAGCAUCUGUUCAACCAGGUGGACGCCAUCCACGCGCUGCUCAAGGGUCCGGUCAUGAGCAGGGCCUUCGAGGAGACCCGGCACUGCCCCAUGGAGCACAGCCUGCUGGAGUUCAAGCAGAAGGAGGAGAUCACCCUGCGGGGCCGCAGCCUGAUCCAGGUCAGCAUCCGGGAGGACCCCUGGAACCUGCCCAGCUCCAUCCGGGCCCUGGUGGACAACAUCCAGAGAUACGUGGAGGACGGGAAGAACCAGCUGCUCCUGGCCCUGCUCAAGUGCACGGACACGGAGCUGCAGCUGCGGAGGGACAGCAUCUUCUGCCAGGCGCUGGUGGCCGCCGUGUGCGCCGUGUCGGAGCAGCUGCUGGCCGCCCUCAGCUACCGCUACAACAACAGCGGCGAGUACGGCGAGAGCAGCCGCGACGCCAGCCGCAAGUGGCUCGAGCAGGUGGCCGCCACCGGCGUCCUGCUGCACUGCCAGUCCCUGCUGGCGCCCGCUGCCGUGAGCGAGGAGCGGACCAUGCUGGAGGACAUCUGGGUGACCCUGUCCGAGCUGGACAACGUCACCUUCUCCUUUAAGCAGCUGGAUGAGAACUUCGUGGCCAACACCAACGUCUUCUACCACGUCGAGGGCAGCCGGCAGGCACUGCGGGUCGUUCUCCACUUGGACAGUUACCACUUCUCCAAGCUGCCCUCGCGCCUGGAGGCCGGGGCCAGCCUGCGGCUGCACACGGUGCUCUUCACCCAAGCUUUGGAGAACGUGGAGGGGCCGCCUCCUCCAGGCAGCCCAGGGCCGGCUGCAGAUCUGCAACAGGAGAUCAACGCCCAGUCCCUGGAGAAGGUCCAGCAGUAUUACCGCAAGCUCAGGGCAUUCUACCUGGAGAAGUCGAACCUGCCCACGGACGCCAGCGCCACGGCCGUGAAGAUCGACCAGCUGAUCCGCCCCAUCAACGCGCUGGACGAGCUCUGCCGCCUCCUGCGGGUCUUCAUCCACUCCAAGCCGGGCGCGGGGGCCAGCGUGGGCGCCGGCCUGGUGCCCGUGUCCUCCGAGCUCUGCUACCGCCUGGGCGCCUGCCAGAUCGUCAUGUGUGCCACCGGCAUGCAGAGGAGCACCCUCAGCGUGUCCCUGGAGCAGGCGGCCGUGCUGGCGCGGAGCCACGGGCUGCUGCCGCGCUGCAUGAUGCAGGCCACGGACAUCAUGCGCAAGCAGGGCCCCCGGGUGGAGAUUCUGGCCAAAAACCUGCGCAUCAAGGAUCAGAUGCCCCAGGGGGCGCCCAGGCUCUACCGCCUCUGCCAGCCGCCCGUGGACGGAGACCUCUGACCACCCCGCGGGAUGAAGGCGCUCCAUCUGCUCAGGCCGGCCCGGCCUCUGUUCCUGCCCGCCCGGGGCCUGGCCAGCCGCUUCUGCUGCCCACUGUGAGGACAAGCCAGGAACGGGCGGAAGGGCCUGGUGGGCACCUCAGAGCUGACGGGCACGGCUGGCGCCCCGCCCCCGCCCGAAGCCCGUGGCGGACCCAGCGCCCCGGGACGGCUCCACUGCACUUUGGAAAACCCCGACUUCCCCCGCUCCCACAUUCCAGACCCCCUAACUCUGAACUAACCGGCUCGCUGGACCUGGGAAGCUGGACCUCGGCCAGGAGAGGCGGGGAUGGGCCGCCUGUCCCCCGCUUGGCUCCACACGCUGGCCUGGCGCGGCCGCCUGGCGUGGGCCCGGCGUGGACGUCACUGAGGGGACACGAGGGGACGCGGCCUCCCCAGGGCGUCACCCGGAACUCCUGCAUCCCGGGUGGCGGCGGCGGCUUCGUCAAAGAUGUUUUUUUUUUUUCUUGGAUUGUGUGAUUAUAUAUUUGACAUUUAAAAUUUUAAAGAAAUAUAUUGUCUAACGGGACCAACGUAAAGUAGUAUUGACAAGCUUUCACAAUUGUACUAAAAAACGAAAAAAAACCUUAAAUUAUUGAAAUUUUUAAAAUGUCAGUAUUUCGUAUUUUGUGACGCGGGGGCAGCCUGGUACUGAGCGACGCCCCUCCUCUGGCCGCCGUGCAGUCGGGCAUGAAGUCUUGGCUCUUCGAGUGACGGUGCUGCAGGGUCAGAGGUCACGGGCCGGAGCUGGAGGUCUGUCUCCCCCGCCCCCUGCUACCACCACCAGCUGCCCAUCCUGCAGGGAGGAGCCAGGGGGAGCCCAGGGGCACUUCCGUGCCCCCAUCGCGGAACUGGCCAGGCAGCCCGGAGUCGGGGAGGGUCCCGUGCCACCCCGGGGGAGGGGUCCACGGGGAUCGCCCUCUGCGGUCAGUCCCUCCGCUUCCGCCGGACCCUGGCAGGGGCAAGACCCAGCUGAGGCUGUGAGUGGCGGAGGCGGGGGGGGGGGGUGGUCUUCCCGCCUGGGUAGGGGUGAGAGUGUGCCACCCUUCUCUCACCCCUUGCCCGCCACCUGGUGGGUGCCCGCCUGGGGGCGCAGGGGGGUGCGGGAGAUGCGGGUACAGAGGACCGGCCUGAGCCGCGGCACACGCACUGGUUUCUUUUCAGAUGUACAGGUUCUCAUGGAAUUCAUGGUAGAUUUUUUUAUUAUUAAAAAUCAGUUUCUACGACCAAG